AUGACUCCCAAGUCCUCUGACCGCAAGUCGGAGAACCAAUUCGAUAACCUUUCGGGUUAUUCCGAGGAUCCUGGCAAUGCCGAUUCUCAUCAUGGUGCGAAUUCUGAUUCCGAAUACUUGAAAAAGAUUGAAGACCGUUUAGACCGUUUGGACUCUCGAGAUGCUGAAUUGACGGAAAUCAAGGAAAUGAUGAAAACCCUCCUUCAAGUCCAUGGUUUGUCUGCCGUUAAGUCUUCCACCCCUGUUAUCUCGACUGUGAAUGAAACUCUGACUGUGACUCCAAAGCAAAGAGUCAUCAAGCCUGACUCGUACAGUGAAGCCCACCGCAACACUGAAAUUGACUUGGACACCGACUCAGGUAUUUCUAUGCUGACUGCUAAGGCUCCUCCGGCCACUGUGUUAAACGACCAUCAAGUUGAUGUUAAACUCAUGGCGACAACUAUUUUGAAGUUCCGCCCUGAGCCUGAGGAAACCAAUGCUGGUGUUUUGACGCUCUUCAUCGAUUACGUGCUUGAAGAAAUGGGGAAAUACAACUUGUCGGACUCUCAGCGUGAUCAAUGGUGGGAAUAUGCUAGAGGUAGUUUGCCUCAACAUGUGAAGUUUGCUUACGACCAGGGACGCACUACCACGGAAGAUCAGGAAAACAUCAAGAGAUACUUGAAGGAACUUGACGCUCACCAGAAACAAGCCCCUGCGUACAUGAUCGUCCGUAACCGUUUGACUGAUGACUUGUACGUGCACAAGAUUAAGGAUGAAGUUGAUAGAAUUCUUGACCAAUCUACUGUUAAUUCGUGGGACAAGACAGUUGAUUUGUUGGAGGAUCUAUUCCCUACGCAGUACGUCAUCAGAGGUGAACUCGUUGCUGAAAAAAUCAAUUUUGCCGUCAACUUAUACCGCAGAAGGGACCACCGCGGCUCUAUUAACAAUGUCAAGCAGGCCUACUUCCGCAUUAUCGACGAAGCUGUUGCGGAGCAAAAGCAAGUUGUGAGACAGUCGUACCGAAACAAUGAUCGGAGCUCAUGA